CGUGCAUCAUUUUUUACAAACGACAUCUCUUCUUAGCUGAAGUCUGAGAAAUAAAUAACUUGAAAAUGGAUCUGUCAUCUCAUGGCUCACCAGUGACCAUUAUAGAAACCAUUGCCUCACAGCUAGCGUGCAGUCCAGAAGAUAAGAAAGUUGCUUCGUACUUAGAUGAACAAGAUGAACUAAAACACUUCCGUGAAUGUUUCCAUAUCCCCAAAGUGAAGGAUCUGCCUCAAACCGAUCCAGUUUUAGUGAAUGACAAUGAAGACUGCAUCUACUUUGCUGGUAACUCCCUCGGCCUUCAGUCAAAGAAAACCAAAAUUUACUUGGAAGAAGAACUGGAUAAGUGGGCUAAAAUAGGUGUUCAUGGACAUUUCAUUGGUAAGCGACCUUGGGCAUUGGCAGAUGAAUGCAUCGUGGAGCUUAUGGCUGAUAUUGUGGGGGCUCGUAAAGAAGAGAUAGCAUUAAUGAACGGCUUGACAGUUAAUCUGCAUCUCUUAAUGCUGUCAUUUUUUAAGCCUACUUCAGAUCGCUAUAAAAUCCUCCUGGAAGCCAAAGCUUUUCCCUCUGACCAUUAUGCGGUCGAGUCUCAGCUCCAACUUCAUGGGCUUGAUAAGGAGAAGAGUAUGCUUAUGAUAGAGCCACGAAAGGGGGAGGAGACCUUGAGAACUGAAGAUAUCCUUGCUGUAAUUGAGAAGGAAGGAGACUCCAUUGCCACAAUUCUGUUCAGUGGUGUGCAGUACUACACAGGACAGCUGUUUGACAUCCCGAGAAUAACAAAGGCUGGUCAAGAGAAGGGUUGCUUUGUUGGAUUUGACCUGGCUCAUGCUGUUGGCAACAUAGAACUGCAUUUACAUGAGUGGGGAGUAGACUUUGCCUGCUGGUGUUCCUAUAAGUACCUGAAUUCGGGAGCAGGAGGUCUAGCUGGUGCUUACAUUCAUGAGAAACAUUCCCAGACUGUGAAACCAGCGUUAAUAGGAUGGUGGGGUCAUGAAUUCAAAACCAGGUUUCUCAUGGAAAACAAAUUGCAACUGAGUCCUGGAAUCGAUGGAUUUCGAUUAUCAAAUCCUCCCAUUUUAUUGGUGUGUGCUCUUCAUGCUAGUUUAGAGAUCUUUGGCAAAACUACAAUGAAACUUCUGAGAAGAAAAUCCAUUCUUCUUACUGGUUAUUUGGAAUACUUGAUAAAGCAUUACUACAGCGAAGAUAGAAAUGACCCUGAGAAGCCCUUUGUAAAAAUAAUCACACCUUCUCAUACUGAAGAAAGAGGAUGCCAGCUCACAGUGGCUUUCUCCAUUCCAAUUAAAUCUGUGUUUAAAGAAUUAGAAAAAAGAGGAGUCGCUUGUGACUUGCGGGAACCCAAUGCUCUCCGCUUUGCCCCUGUUCCUCUCUACAAUUCAUUCCAUGACGUACACAGAUUUAUUGAAAUCUUGGGAUCUGCAAUUACAUCUGCAAAAUAAGGAGAAAACACUACACUACUUUCUUGAUCUUAUAGCUGGUGCUGCUAUAUCUUUUAAACUACUUAUACCUAAGUUGCAUCAAUGUAUUUGAUAAUUUUGUUUGUUUGUUUCUGCUAGACUGGGCUAAGUUCCACUGAUUUACUCCUAAAAACUGAUUUUACUUGAAUAGUUAUUUUCAAUGUACUUUUUAUUGAAACUAGUAUUUCCACUCAUUUGGACUCCAGAAAUUAAUGUGCUUUAUAUUUUAAUCACAAUUUAUAUUAAAGGGCAUUUGAAUUUGUGUUAAACUAAAUUCACACAUUCCUAUUCAUCAUAUAACCAGAAUUUAAGAGAGCGCCGGUUAUUGGGCGGUAUAGAAAUGCAAUAAAUAAAUAAAUAAUAAAUAAAUUAAGAAUGUAAAAAUGAUCUCUUAUAUGCUGUGCAUCUCAACAUUUUGUUGGUUUAAAGGUCUUUAAAUUGUUCCAUUCAUUUCUGGCCAUUUUUGAGGUAUUGUUGAUGGGCAGAAUUUAUACAAGAUGGAACUGGUAUUUGUAUAAUAUUCCAUGGGAUGGAAGAGGGAGUAAACCUAAUCUACUUUCCAUACAUGAGUUUUCAGGAGAUUUACAUUCAAAAUCUCCUAUCCUUUACCGAUGAUAUUAUAUGAUUUUAAAUCUAUAUGCUGUUGUUUCUGUGUUUCAAAGUAACUUCUUAAAGAUCAUGGGAUCAACAGCAGAAAAAGAGUAUUUUUUGAAGGGAAUUUACAUUACACUGUGAACCAAAAACCAGCUUUUUCUAAAAGGUCAGUAGUAAGAGAAAAAUAUGCCAUAUACAUCAGAUACAGGUCACCCCUGAUAGAGUUGGGUUUCCAUGAUCAUGGGGGCAUGUGUGUUAAUGUCAUACCUCUGACAUUCUUCAUUGCUUUACCAGUUUUCAAAGAAUGGCAGUCACUUUUUGGUAUGCUGUGAUAUCACACUUCUGAUUUUCAAGUGCUCAAUGAUUUGUGGGACACUUUCAUGAAGUAAAUAGGGUUUCACUCCUGCUUCAGUAUUGAAUCAUGGGUAUAAAGGUAUUCCACAGGUGCUCUUAAAGAGGGAAGUGUUUGCUUCUUAGUAAACUCACUAUAAACUAGCACCUUGUCAAACCAGUGGGCCAUACGAAAAAUAUUUAGACGCUAUGCUCUCUGAAUAUGUAAGGAGCAACAAGAGGCCAGCAUCACGCAGUGAUCUUGUACUUCUACCAUCACAGUAUAUCUAACCAGAUUCAUUCCUGCCAUUGUGGCAAACUUUUAUAUUGGUCUUAUAUUUUAAUUUCCCCUGCAUGAUGCCUAUAGGUAAAUAUAAUCCAUAAAGAGCAUGUUCUAUAUGAGAUGAACAUGGCAAUAUGAAUGAGCGUGGAAGUUACCCUAAAAGGAAUGGGAAGAUGAAGAAUGAUUGUGAACAGUUCUGAGAGCUGUUCCAGGGUGUUUAGGAUAUGGCGGAGAGGAGCUCCACUAGCAAACUGAUGGUCUGUCUGCAGAAAGCUACAUGUAUGUAAUCCCCCCACCCCACACAAAUGGAGUGUUCCAGAGCAGGAUCUUUAAUUUGAAACCAAAGCCCCUCUGUGGUCCAAGAGAAUGCCCAGAAUGGGCCCUUCACUCUGCCAGCCAUAACUUUCCCCAUUAGUUCCAGGAUGCUGUGGGGAUUUUUUUAAAAAAGUUUUGUCAGACUAAAAUGCCCAGUAAAGCUGCCCCCCACCUACUUAGGAUCUCCACUUCUCUCCAUACGCACUGACAAGAAUAUUUAUAGAGGUCAGGGAAUAUCGCCUAAUUGACAACUCCAUCAGAUGAGUGUUUUGUUGUAUGCUCAUUGCUGGGCACUCACAGAUUUUUGCAGGUCCCUCUCACAGUGAUGUUUGCCUCCUACCUGCCUCUCACCCCUUCUAGCCUUCUUCGCGCCACAAAAAAACACCCCAGUAAAUCCGACUUAUUUUUUGAGACGGAAGUUGCCGCAAUUUCCUGCUGUGUGCAGGAGAAGCAGCGCAAUCAAAACAGCCCACUGAAUGGACCAUGUACACGUUGUUUACUUCCUCUUUCAAAAGAGGAAGUAAUGAGGGACAAACGCAUGGGCUGAGAAGCAACAGUAAGAAAACUUUAUUUUCCCCUGUGUGAUGAGUCUCUGGGCAUGUCUAGACCAUGCCUUAUCCUGGGGAUCACCCCAGGAUUAUCCCUGUGCAUCCACAUGACGCACAGGGGAUCUUGGGGGCAGGGAGGGAAGAUCCCUCCAUUUCCCCAGAAUAACUGGGACGGCUUUUAGCGCAAUUAUUCCUGCAGUCUCAGGACUGUCCAGAGACCAUGGGAGGUGUGGGUGGCUGUCCCAGU